GAAAAACUCACAAAGUAAAAGUCCUCAAAAGCAAAGCACCAUAUAAACUUUACAUGAUAACUACAAGCACUAGCAAUUCCACCACCAAUAAAAGAAACUAUUCUAUCAACUUGUCCCAAUAUUUCUAUAAUAACUCUUCAAAAAAAAAAACUCUUCACCCCUUUAUAUAUAUAAAAUCAUGUGGAGGUUAUUAGUAUCAAUAAGGCAAAAUUUACAAAAUAUGGGAAAAAGUCCAAAAGUAGCUGAUGAAAAUAUGACAAAUAUUUGUAGAGGUGAAAAUAAUAGAUCAACAAGGCAACAUAAUUGGACCGGGUUUUCGAUCAUUUGUGGCGUUUUGCGCGCUCCAUUAGCCUUAUUUUCGUGCUUAAAUCAUCCUCGACUCAAUGGAACGGAUGGAGUUUGGGUUUCUGGUGAAUUUUCACAAAUUUCUGAAAUGAAUCAUCUUAUGGUUAGUGAUAGUAUGCGUUAUGCAAUAUUGAUGUGAAGAAAAAAAAAGAUUAUGGUAAGAAAUGAAAUGAAAUUUU